AUGCUGGCGCACGAUGGCUCUCCUACGUUAAACAUUGGGAAUGUAAAAGUGGAUGUGGGAAUGAAGAGAGGGCUGUGCACGGUCGCUGUGUACUUGGAUGGAAGCAUCACAGCAUACAGGAUUGCAAGGCUUGUCUCUCCUGCAGCCCCACCAGAAGACCAGUUCACAAAGCAGUGGACGGAUUACUUAAAGGCGAAUAAUCCAGGAGGUGCGUUACAGGGAGACUUCUUUGCCAGAUGUUUUGCUGCUGUUAUCUUCUGCAUGGAAUCAAGAGAAUGGAGCGAUGGUGUGGUAGAUCGACAAAUGGGUGCAAGGUUGGCUGAGAGCAAGAGUGGCUCACAUAGUACACAAUGCAAUGGUUUACGGCCCAAUUCUGCCAGACCAGGCCCGGCUGCUGUUCAGUUGAACAUGAGAAAUUUCAAUCGGGAGGUCUCUGUCGCGGUGAUGAGGAUCUGGUAUGACCAGCUAGAUGUCCGACCACCAGCAGAUUUGAGCCAGGGGUAUAGGUUGGACCAGGGCCAAGUGUCGGCUUUGCUGAGGGAUGAACUGGGUGAUGGUAUUCUAGGUACUAUUAGAGACAGACUACGGUUCGACGAUAUUCUGGUGGAGCGAGACCCUGGACGGAAGCCCAAGCAGCUUAUUGUGAACAUAAACAGGGUUCGGACGGGCGCUUCGGUACAUGAUCUCCCAGGACGGGCAAGAGAUCGGUUUUGA